AUGGCAUCUUCUAUCAUCAAUACCACAACUCCGGUUGUCCCCAUUGUUGAGGACAAAAUCACCCUCACAGGCCUCGCCCGCGAGCCCCUCAAGUCCAGCGGAACUCUCGACGCUUUCGAGUCUUUCGAUGUCACUCCGGUCAUCGGACGAGAAUUCCCCAAUGCCAACUUGAAGGAUUUCCUGCGCGCUCCCAAUUCCGAUGAUCUGCUUCGGGAUCUUGCCAUUACCAUCUCCCAGCGCGGUGUCGUCUUCUUCCGCAAGCAAGAUGGAUUAACCAACGACUUGCAAAAGGAGCUUAUCCAACGACUUGGCGAGCUCUCCGGCAAGCCCAGCACAUCCGGAUUGCACAUUCACCCGAUCGCCAACUCAGGCCGGGAACACAGCGUCAAGGACGACGAGAUUAGUGUAAUCAGCUCGGCACAGCGUGAAAAGCUGUACAAAGACCGGAACGUGCGGAAUCAGAGCGCUCGGAAAGAAUGGCACAGUGACAUUACCUUCGAGCCCAUUCCUAGCGAUUACACCCUCCUCCGUCUCACAGAGCUUCCAAAGACUGGCGGUGACACCUUGUGGGCUUCCGGCUAUGAAGUCUACGACCGCAUCUCCGAGCCCUACCAGAAAUUCCUGGAGACCUUGACAGCAACCUAUGCCCAGCCUAGGUUCAAUGAGGUUGCCAAGAAAAACGACUUCACAGUUCAUCCUGGUCCUCGCGGCGCGCCCGAAAACGUUGGAGACGAGCUCCAAGCUGUGCACCCUGUCAUCCGCACCAACCCUGUUACCGGGUGGAAGAGUGUCUUUGCUGUGGGCUCGCACGUGCAGAGAGUCAACGGUGUCUCUGAUGAGGAGAGCCGUCAUCUUCUCGAUUGGUUCGUGACUCUGAUCGUUGAGAACCACGACCUGCAGGUGCGCAACCGCUGGCAAAAUCCUAACGAUCUUGCUAUCUGGGAUAACCGAUCGGUUUAUCACGCAGCAACCUGGGAUUAUGAGGGCCUUGGCCCGCGCACUGGUCACCGUGCUGUCGGUCUUGGAGAGAGGCCUUAUCUCGAUCCUAAGAGCACUGGACGACGGGAGGCGUUGGCAGGGGGGAAAUAG